AUGAAAUUUGUGGGCAGUCGGCGUAGACAGUCCAGGAUCACACCAGCUGAUGUCCAGGUCCGGCCUGACACCAUCCCGACCCAGCUGAAGGCAAAGCCUGAUGUCAGCACUGCGUCGACUGCUGUCCCAGCAAAGUGUGACACCGCAACCAGUGAUCACACAACCCACUGGGACACCACAUCGAGCGAUGAUGUGUCACACUGUGACUCUGAGCUACCUGAGCUCAUGGAGGAGGUCGAUGAAACAACGAUGGAGGGUGUGGAGAGCACGGACGCCACUCCUGUUCAGCACCUGGGCGAUACCCCCAGCCUGGACUUUCUUGAGGAGAGAGCUGUCUCUGCUGAAGUAGCCAUAACACCAGACAGAGACAUGCAGCAGAGGCCCCCCAGGGUACCCAAGCUGGCCUGGGUGAAGGAGGAGGAGAAGGAGGAAAGCCCUGGGGCUGCUCCAGCACAGCAGCCUGAAGAGGUGCAGCAGGUGCAGCCCCUGCAGGAGGAUGCAGGCCAGGAGCGGACAGAAGAGCAGCUCCGUGCCCGUGGCCGCUUCCGCAGGGCAGCACAGCUGGUUUGCAGAUUCAUCAGGUACAUUUGGCAAGAAGAGGCCACUUUCAUGACCACUGGGGACACGGCAAACUCAGACCUCUUCAAUGCCCAGACCAACGCUGCCCUGCUGGAUUUGCUUGUGCAGAACGGUGUCUACAAAGCCAAGCAAGUGCCGGCCAUAGUCAGGUGCAUCCACCAGUGGCUCACGUCCAAUGUGUCUGAUGAGCACAGGCUGGACAAGACUCUUGUCCUGCUGACCGAGGCACACCCCAUGGAUGUUGCAGCGACCCUGCUGCGCUCUGCCCCAGCCUGUGACAGAGCUGCUCGCACCAUGUGGAAGACGCUCGUCUCCUCCAGAUGGACUAAGGAGCCGGUGCUGCAGAUCCUCUUCUGUGUGCUGGAAUACUGGCCAGCGCACAGGAGACGCACCUCUAAUGGGGAUGAGAGGGAUGUCUUUGCCCUGGCUGUGAGUUUCCUGAGCUGGUCUCUGCUCGCCCCCACGUUGCCUCUGGGACGCCUUUCCAUCCUCCCUCACCACUGCUUCUCCCUGCCCCAGGCACUGGGCUGCAGGCCUGCCUUAGGGGCAAGUUCAGGGACACCAGGCUGGGGGAUCCCCCUGUGUCUCCCCUGGCCUGUCCCUGCCACGCUGGGGCCCUGCCACAUGGACAACUGGGCCCUGAGAGCUGUCUCUGGGUGCUUUGUCUUUGGCAGGCAACUGUGGCACUCUGGGAGAUCCUCCAACUGUCCUGGUGCCCAGCAGCAGUGA